CCCGAAGCGGAAGUCGGCACUCGUUGACUUUCCGCUCCUCUUUGGCAAUAUGGCGAACUUGAAGCAUGCCGAACACGACCAAAAACGUCUGGAAAUGUCCGGCGAAAUCCUCGAACAUUGCGCUCAGAACCCGACAGUUACAGCGUCCUCUACGUCUCGGGCAGAUUUGGUCGAGGUUCCAUGCGUUAUCCCGUCUUUUGCCGCCGCUUCCGAACUUUUGUCAGCGCCCUACUCUUGUCUGGUGAUGAACACACGCCGAAGACACGUCGUCCUGCCGCCCAUGUACCUGCACAAGAAGAGGACAGCGUUACGAGAGGAGUUACAGGCCGAGCUGCUCAAAUUCUCACCGAGCCUCCAAGGUGUACCUCUAGCUUAUGACAAUAUCCAGAUUUUGCGCAGCCAUGGAGACAUUUAUGAUGACAGCGGCUACAUUCACAUGGACAUACAAGCCAACUUUAUUAUAUUUCAACCUCAAGAAGGACAGAGAUUGCUGGGGAAGGUGAACAAACUUGGUGUGAGCCACGUGGGCUGCCUGGUCCACAGCUGCUUUAAUGCCAGCAUUCCUAAGCCCAACCUUGUCUCUGUGGAUACCUGGAGGGACGCGGGCCCCAGGAUCGGAGCGGAGCUGGAGUUUGAGGUGGUUGCGCUUGAUGCUGACACUGCCGGUGUGUUGCUUAUAAGAGGAAGGCUGAACAGAACCAGGGUUCAGGAAUUGUUGGCCAUUACAGAGAGCUCCGAUUCGGGUGUCGCCGUCAACCAGGUCGAGUUAGAAGACAUACAACCGGUCACAGAGGCCACUGAGGAGUCUGUUGACCAAGACGCCACCAAGAAGAAGAAGAAGAAAAAGAAGAAAGAGAAAAUCAAAGAAGAAGAAGAAGCGGUGUGGCCGUCCUCCCAACUCGAUGGUAUCGGGACAGGGAGUGAAGCCAAUGGUGAGAAGAAGAAAAAGAAGAGAGAUAAACUCAAAGAAGUGAUAAAAGAGAUGUCGCCGUCACGCCAAGAUGAUGGUAACGCUACACUCGAGCUGGAUGGAACGGAGAGUGAUGCAAAUGGUGAGAAAAAGAAGAAAAAAAAGAUGAAAAAAGAGAAGAGGAUAAAAGAAGAGGAGGAGCUGGUUCAGAUCUCCCCCACGGAGAUCCACGCCAGCGACUCCAGCGGCUAUCACAGUGACAAGCCUGACAAGAGGAAACGCGAAAAGGAGAUCCAAGUCAGUGCAAGUUUUAGUCAAGAGGCUUUCGAACCAAAGUUCAAGAAAAAGAAGAAAGAAAAUGACAUUGCUUGAAAAAUCCUUGAAUGACUGAUCAGUGUCGUCAGUUGCCAUUCGUGGCCUGUAGAGGGCGCAAAACUGCUUCACAAAGCAGCUCACUUGGACUCCUCGUUUAUGACAAGAAUCCAAUCUGUGGAGAUCUCCUCCGUGCCUCAUAACGCUCCACAAGCGGGGGCUAAAGGCUACAAAGAACUAACGUGAAAUAUUAAGGACAACAAACCGAAAGUUUAUGCUGAAUAAAUAUAUAUUCUUUCAAAAUUA